CGCUCAACUUCUCCUCUCAUUCACUUUUUUCUUUAAUUAAUUCAUUAUUAUUUCAUCUUCUCCCUUCUCCCCUCUCUGCAAUCUACUCCGCUUCCCCAUUUCUCUCUCCUUCUCCGGCGUCCGACGCUUUUCUCCACAUUUCGGAUUCCCGUGGGAGGGAACAAGCAAAGCAACUCCAUCCCAAUUCCAAGCCCGCGAUUUCCCAAUGCCCCACUUCCCAGAUUCCAUCUUCAUCUUCUCAACUGCGCCCCAUCUGAUUCUGCACUGACCCAUCUUCCCCACAGCCGCAGGCUGGGAUCCCAAGCUGUAUGCAGAUUCGCUCACACGUCUUUAAUUUAUGGGGGAUUGGGUUAUUGGAGCUUUCAUCAACCUCUUUGGCAGCAUUGCCAUCAACUUUGGGACCAACCUUCUUAAAUUAGGCCAUAACGAGAGAGAGAAGCAUUCUAUGCUAGAAAAUAAUGGCCCUAAUGGAAAGACACCAAUUAAGCCCAUUAUAUACUUCCAGACUUGGAGAGUUGGUAUUACAUUUUUCAUUCUUGGAAAUUGCCUUAAUUUUAUUUCCUUUGGAUAUGCUGCCCAGUCUCUUCUUGCGGCACUUGGAUCUGUACAGUUUGUGUCCAAUAUUGCUUUUGCAUACUUCGUCCUCCACAAGAUGGUUACUGUUAAGGUAAUGGUUGCCACUGCUUUUAUUGUUCUUGGAAACAUUUUUCUAGUUGCUUUUGGCAACCACCAGUCCCCUGUGUACACUCCAGAACAGCUGGUGGAGAAAUAUGGAAAUAUAACUUUUCUUCUAUACUGCGUAAUUUUGAUCUUGAUUGUUGCUUUACAUCACUCAAUCUAUAGAAGGGGAGAAUUGUUACUUUCUGAUUCUGGACAAGAUCUUAGACCGUAUUGGCAUAUGCUGCUACCAUUUUCCUAUGCUAUAGUUUCAGGUGCAAUAGGCUCCUGCUCAGUCUUGUUUGCAAAAUCUCUCUCAAUACUGCUUAGAUUGGCCAUGUCUAGUGCUUACGAGCUGCAUAGCUGGUUUACAUACUCCUUGCUGCUUUUAUUUCUCAGUACUGCUGGAUUUUGGAUGGCCAGGUUAAACGAAGGACUUUCCCUGUUUGAUGCAAUCCUUAUUGUUCCCAUGUUUCAGAUUGCUUGGACUUUCUUCUCCAUAUGUACAGGUUUUAUAUACUUUAAAGAAUUCCAGGUGCUUGAUGCUUUGAGGACGACAAUGUUCAUACUUGGACUGAUGUCGGUUUUCAUAGGCAUUUCUUUGCUAGCUCCCGAUGAGCCUAGAGACGGGGAAUUCAAGGAUAAUUCAUCACUGGUUUCUGGGAAGUCCACUAGCAUCUCGGCAGAAGAAGAGAGACUAAUCAUGCCAUCCAAAGAAGCAGCAGCAGAGACUAGGGAGGAAAGAUCGUUUUCACAAGGACUCUUGUUAAAGAUUUCAGAUGUAAUAGCCAAGGCAAAGGCUGCUUUGGCACUUUCUCUGGGUUUUGGAGAAGUUUCACUGAAUGCAUCUGCAGUACUUGUGAUGCCCAUGGUGUCAUCAAGGAUGACUGGCUUUAGAGGAACUGCAUUGGAGCGCCCGAAGUUGUUCUCCACGAGGAAGCCUGAUUGGAGUAAGGUCCCGUUGGAUGAGGAUACAAAGGUGCUCGACACAAACAUAGGUUUCUCCUAAAGCCUUUGAAUAGGAGUAGCAGUAAAAGAAAAAUUCGGCUGGAGUGUUAAAUCAAUGCCUUUUCUCACUCUCUAUAGGUAUAGUAGUUAGGAUUCAUUAUACCCGUUAUUAGCAUGUUCUUACAUAGAAUUAUAAAAGACAAUAUUGUAUAUUAUGAAGUAACAUUUUUUUCCUCAUAAAGCAAGAUAAUAUUUCCUCCCAGUUUUUAGAAGACUCAAACCUUACGAUUAUAUGGGAAGAGCAGUCUUAGUGCUGAAAUGAUUCCUUUCCGAACUUCCUAUAGCCAUGCCCAACUUUUGGAGUUUAAGUUGUAUCAAUAUUGAAAGAUAAUAUAAUUUAGGCUUAAAUACUA